AUGAAGAACCAAAGAGUGACCUACUCGGGACUGAAUCUGUCCAAGGACCCAAAGAUGCAGCAAAGAAAAUUUAAGGGCAGAAAAAUCUUCAUUUCUGUAACUGAACAGGAAAUAACCCAAGUGGAAUUAAACCUCGAAAAUGCUCCUCUGGAUCAUCAAGGGAAUGACAAUAGCUGCUACUGCAAAUUUUCACUGUUAUCUCCAGAGAAGCUCGUUGCUGAGAUUCUGGCCAUCGUUUGCAUUGUCCUAGUGGGCUCUGUGUUAAAAAUGGUAUCAAUAGCUCUUGUUCCCUUUACAAUAAUGGAGAAGCAGAACAAUUCUUUCCAGAAUGUAAAAACCCAUGAAGAUAGAAUAGCAGAAAUAGCACGUGGUAAACAUAACUGUGCUAUGCUACACUCACUUAGACUUCAAUCAGAUGGAUGUGGAUCUUCGAAAAGAUAUUAUUGUAAGCACAAGCUUUAG